GGCAGGUCAAGGCAUUGAGUGGUCUUGGUCCAAUUCAAGAGCCAUUUGUACUCCGCCACAACUGGUGCUCAAACAAGGAAGCACCCUUCCUGGUUUAAGGAGAAAGAGGAUAAGAGGAGGGAGGAGGAGCGAGGCUGGAGAGAAUCAAUGGAUGUUGGGGCAGUUGUCUCUUUAGUCAUAAAGAAACUCACAGACAUGCUCAUUCAAGAAUCAAUCAUCUUCAAAGAGGUGAUAGAUGAGGUAGAGCUGGUCAGAGUAAGUCUUAGACAGACCCAGAACUUUUUAAUUGAAGCAGAAGAUAGGAAAGAACGCAAUUACAAAGUUAAGAAGUGGUUAGAAGAAUUUCUUGUUCUUGUUUACAAUGCAGAGGAUGCAAUUGAAACAUUUGUCCUAUAUAGAAUGUAUAUAAGAAGUAUGGGCUUCUCUAGGAGAUUGACUUUCAUCCGCAAGAAGUUGAGGCAUGGUGCAGACUUUCGUAGUGAGGUAGAGAAGAUCAAGAACAAGAUCAAGGAUAUUAAGAAUAAAAUCGAGGAGAUCAGGGAGCCAAAACGUACUAGCUAUUUUGUGAAUAAAGAAUCAGACCCGAUUGGGUUCAAAGAGGACAAAAAAAGGUUAGUGACCAGGCUAACUGACACUUUCCUCCGAAGCCUUCACAUCAUCUCUAUUGUAGGUCAGGUUGGCUCUGGCAAGACUACCCUUGCUACAGCUCUAUAUGGUAGUAGUAAGAUUAAUCGUCAUUUUGAUUGCUGUGUGUGGGUUUCUGCCUCUGAGAACCCUAGAGAUAUUAUCCUCAUGAGCAUUUUGCGGCAGACUGAAAAUUCAAUGGUUGGUGAAAAAACUUCUAUUACAGAGUUGGAAGAAGAGAUUCAAGAAAGGUUGCGUAAUAAAAGGUACCUGGUAGUGUUGGAUGAUGUGCGGUCACGUAAUGCUUUGGAGGCCCUGCGUGCCUUGCCAAAACAAACUAAUGGUAGCAGAGUGUUGUUGACUACUAACAACGAAGAUGUCGCUAGGUUUGCAGAUCCAAGCCGAUUGCCUUACCAACUCAAGCCACUAAAAGAUGAUGAUGCCUGGAAUUUGUUUUUGAAAACGAUACGUUUGCCAAAGAACGUUCAGUUCUCUGAAUUGGAGAUAUCUGAGCUCAAAACAAGAAUUAUAAGAAGAUGCAAGGGUUUACCUUUAGCAAUCUUAGAGCUGGGAGAUUUUCUGUCCACAAGAGCUGCGAGCUAUGGCGAAUGGUUGAAAGUUCUUGACCAUCCAGUUUGGCAACUUGGUAGAAAUGAAGAUCUUCACAAUGAGGUAGAGGAGAUCAAGAAUAAGAUCAAUGAGAUCAAGGAAGAGGAAGAGCAUGGGGAGCCCCUCAGGAUUCAAGAAUAUUUAAACGUGCGCAAAUCAAGCAAUCAAGAUGAAGGGUUAAGGCAAAAUCAACAGAACAGUUCAAGCUAUUCUAUGGAUGAAGAACAUUCAGAUGUCAUUGGCUUCCAAAAGCACAAAAGAAGGCUGGUGACCAGGCUAACUGACACUUACCUCCGAAGUCGUUAUGUCAUCUCAAUCUUAGGCCCGGUUGGCUCGGGCAAGACGACCCUUGCAAUGGAAAUAUAUGGCAGCAAUGCGAUCAGAUAUCAUUUUGAUUUCCGUGCAUGGGUUUCUGCCUCUGAGAAUCUUAGAGAUGUCUACCUGAUGCUUUUGGAGCAGGCUGAAAAUUCUAUGGAUUAUGAGGAAGCUGCUACAGAAGAAUUGGUAGAGAAGCUCCGAGAGAAGUUGCAUAAUAAGAGGUACCUAGUGGUGUUGGAUGAUGUGUGUUCACGGGAUGUUUUGAACACUCUGCGUAAUGCCUUGCCAAAUGAAACUAAUGGCAGCAGGGUGCUGUUGACUACUAGCAAUGAAGACGUCGCUUGGUCUGCUGAUCGAAUCCGAAAGCCUUACCAUCUCCAGCCACUAGAAGAUGAUGAUGCAUGGAAUUUGUUCUUGAAAAAGGUUCACUUGUCAGAGAACAUUCAGUUCUCUGCUUUUGAGAUAUCUGAGCUCAAAAGAAGAAUUCGAAGAAGAUGCAAGGGCUUACCUUUGGCAAUCGUAGUGUUGGGAGGUUUUCUGUCGACAAAAGGUAUGAGCUAUGAAGAAUGGUCACAAGUUCUUGACCAUCAAAGCUUGCAGCUUGAUAUAAAUGGUGUAGAGUUCUCGAAAAUCUUGGCCUUGAGUUACAAUGAUCUACCUUUCCACUUAAGGCCUUGCUUGUUUUAUUUUGGGCUUUUCCCAAAAGGAUAUGAAAUUCCUGUGAGAAGGUUAUUGCUGUUAUGGCUUGCAGAAGGGUUUGCAAAGCAGUCACUCGAGAAGACUCCAGAGGAUGUGGUGGAAGGAUAUCUGGAUGAACUUAUUAAACGGCAAAUGAUUCAGAUAAAAAAAUGGAGAAAAGAUGGGAGUCCCAAAAGAUGCCUCUUGCGCGGUGAGCUUCACGAGAUCAUCUCCUCAAAAGCAGAAGAUAUUGGCUUUUUGCAUAUCCAGGGAAUUAUGUCAGAUCGUGAAGAAAAUGAAUCUCGUAAGCUUAGUGUUCGUCGAGUUGCCGGGCAUGGUGAUAUCAAAGAGUAUCCAUGCAAAGAACUGUACAUUCAACAUUUGCGCUCUUACUUGUCGUUCAACACUCAAAACAAAGAUGUGCCUGCGAAGGAAAUAAGGAACUUCCUCAACAAAGUCGUUGGCUACCGAGGCUUUGGAUUACUCAGGGUGCUUGAUUUAGAGCGAGUUUACAAACCUAAACUAUCCGAGAAUCUGGAAAAACUGUUUCACUUAAGGUACCUGGGAUUAAGAUGGACCUUCUUGGAUACCCUUCCCGACUCUGCUAGUGAGUUGCCAUACUUGGAGACCUUGGAUGUGAAGCACACCUACAUCAGUUCUCUACCCAUUUCUAUUUGGAAGAUGAAACACAUACGACAUCUGUGUUUGAAUGAAAUAUGCUUUGACAUGUCUGUGCAAAAACAUAACAGUUCGCUUACCCAACUUCAAACAUUAUGGGGAUUACUUGUGGACAAUAAGAGUCCAGUGAAGAAUGGUUUGGACAAGUUAGUAAAUCUCAGGAAACUGGGUUUGACCUAUCAUUUAGACUCGGUUCAAGAAUUAAAUGAGUGGAUUGCAAGAUUGGCAAGUCUUCAAUCUUUGAGGUUAAGAUCCAAAGACAAAAAUGGUCGACCUUCAAAGCUUGGAUUGAAUCCUCUGUCAAGCCUUGAGAAUCUCACUCACCUGUAUUUGCUUGGAAACUUACCAGAGCUACAAGAUGGGUUUGAAUUCCCUCUAAGACUUAGAGUUCUUACUUUGUCAGUCUCAAAGCUGGAAAAAGAUCCCAUGCCAAUUCUAGCGCAGUUACCAAACCUUGUUGUCCUUAGGUUGUUGGCCGAUUCCUACACUGGGAAGGAAAUGCUUUGUCCUCAAGGAGGCUUCAGUAUGCUUCGAACUCUGAAGCUGUGGAUGCUAAAGGAAUUGGAUAAAUGGACUGUGGAGGAGAGAGCAAUGCAGAAUCUCCGAGAAUUAGAGAUCCGAUGCUGUAACAAGCUAAAGAAGCUCCCAGAGAAGUUGCUAGAUCUCAGCACCAUUGAGGAAAUAAUUCUAACGAACAUGCCAAAGGAAUUUGUAGACAAUGUUCAAGCCGACAAGCAAAAGAAGAAACUAAUCACCACCAAAACAUUGUAGUUCUGAAGCCACCAAUUUGGUAGCUUCUUGGUGUUAUAAUUGACGUUGGCAUGUUGCUUUGUUCCUUGUGCUGUUUUGUUAAAGUAAUUGUUAAGAGAUUGCAGUUUUAUCCCAUGCGAUACAUUGAGUGGCUGUUUCAUUCUUUGA